GGAUCGCGAGCUUUAGUCGCACGAUCUCGUCCGGAGCCGUCGGGGGCGCUCCACGUCGCGCUCGAAGCCUCGAUCGAUCGACGGAUGGGAUUCAACGCGUCCCGCCUCGAUCCUCUGACGUUCAAUCCACUCCGUCCCGUCGUUGAUCGAUCGCCGGGAUCGUUUUCAACCCUGCAAUCCUUUCUCGACAGUGAAAGUUCCGACGAAAGCUCGGCAUCGGUCAUGGUUGUCGCGAGUUCGGUGCAGGUGAACCGCGUGCGUGCUUCGCACACGUUUGGUGGAUCUUGAGGUACCUCUGGAAGCCGCGGAGACCAGUGCGCAAGGGCGAAGACACUCCCCGGCGGUGCAACGCGUGACCUUCUCCCAGGUUCUCGUCGUCGGAGCUCGCGCAGCCAGUGUCUAUGAUACCGUGAAAGUCCAUCACGCGCGUGAGGAUGUCGUCGAGUGGUGAAUUUUCGACUCUUUCGAGUGGUGAGGUCACCGGGACCGGCGACGAUUCGUUGCCAAGUUCGCGGGAGGCGACCGCCGAAGCAGCGAAUUCCGGGGCCGGAUUUAUGCCCCUGCGCGAGUUCCUGGACAGAUUCUCUCUUCCCAGGGUGGUCAGGGUGGAGGGAGCCGGCGGACGACCGAUUCUGUUGUACAAACAACAACAGAGAUCACUCAGAGUCACGGCCACCCUGCUGAUGCACCGUUACCGUCACGACGUUAAAGUUGGACCGGAAAUCGUGAUCCCGGAAGGAUACCCUGGCUGGUUCUCCGUUGUCUCGAACAACAGUGGUACUGGAAGCGCUAGGGUGUACAGAAGAGUGGGUGCUUUAGUUCGUGCCGGCGUCCCGGCGUUUCUGCUCGCCAAACCCCUCAGAGCUUACACGCUGACACACUCCAAGAUGGAAAACGGCAAUCUGAGGGCUCACUACACGAAAACGACCGUGCGCGCAGGUGAAGUUCUACGACUGGCCGCGGUGUUCCAGGACACGCGGAGGGCGCCAGUUUCCAGCGGCAUUUCCGGCGUCGUUAGCGGCGCCCCCGAGGGUAAGAGUUCAAGGUCAUCGGAACGAGAUCAGUACGCGCAGUGCUUGGAUUCUCACGGGCACGAGCUGUUCGCGCCGCUUUCAGCGAGAGGAGAGUUUUACGCUACUUGCCAAAGCGGAAGCCUCGACACAGGAAGCGACGCCGUUUUGUACAGAGUCCAUCAGCUUGCCAGAAAAGAUCUACCUCUGAGGGUACGGUUAGUCGCUGGACCCUUGCCAAUACCAUUGCCACGAGAUUACAGCGGCCUGAUGCAACUAGAAGGUGCAACUAGGGGCCCCAUAGUCUUAGGUUGCGCAGUGCCGCUGGUACCCGAGAGGCCUGUGCCAAAUUCCACUGUCCCGGAGCUCCUCGAGCUGGUUGCCACAGGACCAACGGCACCUCGCGUGAAAAGGGCGCGGUUAGGCUGUCCUUCUGAAGCGCGGUUGCUAGCCUCGCCGAAGAUGCAGCGGUUACUCUCAGCCUGCAGAAGAGCCCUGGACCAGAGAGCAACGGAACCACGCGUCGCGCCCCCGAAACCACCCAGCAGCAAUGGUCAACUGAAGGAGCUCCACUUGAAGGAGAUCAAAUCGAAAACAGAAGCGAAGCCGAUCCUCCAGAGUCUGAAGGAGGGCCUGGAACACAUAAAGAGAACGACUAUCAGGGAUCGCAGCAAUAGUCGAACGAGCACCAACAACAACAGCAUCCUCGACAGAAUCUCGAGGAUAGCCCAGGGCGGAAGAAGCAGGAACCCCGCCAAGAAGUCAGCCUCCUUCACGUUCGCCGUUCGCCCGGAAAUCGGCAUGAGGUCCGAAAGAUAUGCCAGUUUAGAAUCGGAGACGAAUCUAUUGCAAGCGUCCGCUUCUUCGAGGCAACAGGUUCAACGGUCGGUCUCCACCAGCGUGCUGGAGGUUCAAACCCAGCAGGACCUGGAUCCACCGUACUCCAAGGUCAGAGACAGCCUGACGCCCCUACCAUCGACACCGCCACCUAAAACAGAGGAGAUCUACGCCGAGAUCUGCGAACCCACCACCAGCCCGCCUGAAGAGAAGCCACCGCCACCUGGAGGGAAGAAUAGGACCAGAGAGAAGGACAGGGGCUACGUGAAGCUGGCGCUGUCGCACUCCGAGAUCACUGACGCGAAUACUGAAGAUGAAGAAGGGAUUUACAAUACAGUCUGCUGAUCGUGAUUCCUCCUGGACCAGGGAUUCGCUGCAUGCUCCAGAGACCUGGGCACGAUGAAGGUUUCAGAAUGAGUUCACUGAGUAGCCACCGAGAACUUAGACAAGAGAUUCUCCAGAGUUAUAGAUCGGGGAUUGUACUGCUGGUGAAGGGCUGAAGCUAGAGGUCCUAGACCUAAUCCAGACCUAACCUAGCAAGACCGGUGUACCAACUGAAAUCGAGACCACCGAUUUAAUUAAAAGCAGUCAUUUUAGAUUCUCCAGUUGCUCCGAGUCUACCUUGUCCACCUGUCUACCCAGGCCUAACCUAGCAAUACCGGUGUACAAUUCCCACUGAAAUCGAGACCACCGAUUUAAUUAAGAGCAGUCAUUUUAGAUUCUCCAGUUGCUCCGAGUCUACCUUGUCCACCCGUCUACCUCUCCACCUAGUCGAGCAUUCGUCACUGGACUCGUGAACCUCGUGGACAUCCAACGCAUCGAAAUUAGCCGUCGAAGUUCAUUGAUAGAGAUAACACGCGACUUCCUGGAUCGAACUGGAGAACCGUUCGGGCUGAAACGGUGGAGCGAUGCACCGACGGGAUUUACAACGCCAUUUGCCGUAGAAAUUAUCCCUUCGAGGUCUUUUUCUCCCCUUUUUCCGCGCUGAGAGCAGCGGCGUCCUUCACGGGGAACCGGGCGGAAGAUUUACAAGGCUGUUGACCGGGGAAAAUGAGCGCGUAAUUACGGUCCCGUGCGUGUAUGGAGGAUGUAGCGGGACGCCGCGCGACUUCCGGUACCGAGGAAUCUGUGCUGCGGCUGAUCGAUAUUAUUAGAACCGAUCGAUCCCUAGUAUUCGACGUCCCGAAGCAUCCGCGAAGCGAGAUCCCUUCAUCUGAGAGCUGUGACGGCGGAGUGACUGGACUAAAUUUGUAAAGUAUCGGCGGUAGGAAGGGACGGUGGGUGGUCUUUUUAAAAUGGUUCCUUAUUGCAAGAGAUAUUCCCUUAAAAAUUUGUUGACUGCCACGUUUUUUCGCCAAGAAACAAAAUUAAUUAAUUUUGAAUGUGAGGUUAGAAAGAUUAUUUUUCCAAAAAUAUUAAUCCGGCUGGAAUAAUAAGGGGGUUAUCUUUUUAAAAUGGUUUUUUAUUGUAAGUAGAGAUUUUCUCUUAACACUUUGAUUGCCACUUUUAUUCGCCAAGAAACAAAAUUAAUUAAUUUUGAAAGUGAGGUUAGAAAGAUUAUAUUUCUAAAAAUAUUAGUCUGGCUGAACUAAUGGGAUGGUCUUUUUAAAAUGGUUCCUUUCUGCAAGAAGAGAACCAAAAUUAAUAAAUUCUAAAGGUGAGGUUACAGAAUUAUUAGGAUGGCCAAAAAUUUCAUUCGGUUUGUGAUGAUGGUUGUUUCACUACAGUUACAAUCUUCUUCAAAUGCAAAAUCAUGAAUUUUUCCAAAAGAUAGUAAAAGAUCAUAGAACAAAAUAAACAAUAUGUUACCGAGUGAAUAUAUUUCCUCUUCUAAAAAAAAAAAAAUUGUUUAUGCCUUAAAAUCCGAACGGACUUUUUAACUAACCCAACAAUAUUUUUCCAAAAAUAUUAGUCCGGCUGUCAACAUGUUAACCGUAGUCUUCUGGACGUCUACCGACAUCAGGUCUUCUCAAUCCUAGAUGGACGAGAUGAAGACGACAAUCGUGUACCAUUUUGUAAAUUUGUUGGUACCCCUAGCGUAGCGGCUGAAGCAGCCUCCAGGCAUUUUGUACAUUUGUUAAUACUCUGCGUGCUGGUUGUGAUGAGCGCAAGAAAACAUUUGUAAUUUUCUUACUGUAUAGUUAUUAUUUUAAAAUACACUCAUUUGC